AUGGCGAGAAAUGUUGAAAAAGGAAGAUCUAUGUUAAAUCAAUGGCUAAAAGCAAAGGAGUUAAGCGACAAGAAAAGUUUUUUUAAAAUUCCAAAGAGAGUCCACGAAGUAGAUGACUUGGAAUCAGCCGAAUCGUACCGUAAAUACAUAAUCAAAGAAAUAUGUAGCAAGAUUAAGGAAAUACAAAAUUACAGUUUGAGUGAUCAACACAUACGAGAAUUAAAUGAUCAAAUAAAUAAAUUAAUUUCUAUAAAAAAUAAAUGGGAAAUAAGAAUUAUAGAGCUUGGUGGACCUGAUUAUCAAACUGAGUCGAACACAUUGAUCAACGCGCAUUGUAGUGAACUAAAAGGAAACAAUAAUUAUAAAUACUUUGGAGCAGCUAAAAAUUUGAAAGGGGUACGAGAGUUAUUAUUCAAAGAGAGCGAUGAUCGGAGGAAGUUAGUUUUAAAAAAAAAAAAGGAAAAAAGAAAUUUAGAAAAAUUUGUAAAUAUUCAUUAUUUUGGUUACUGUGAUGACGAAAAUGAAAUUCUGCUUAAGGAGGAAUUAAAAAUUCAAAAAAAACUAGAAAAAAAUGACUUAAAAAUAUUAAAAAGAAUAAGAUCACUAAAAAAUAAUAAUUAA